AUGCGGGCGGCGGCGGGGGGCGCGCGGGCGGCCGCGCUGGCGCUGCUGCUGGGGGCGCUUCACGGGGCGCCGGCGCGCGGCGAGGAGUACUACUACGGCUGGCAGGCCGAGCCGCUGCACGGGCGCUCGUACUCCAAGCCGCCGCAGUGCCUCGACAUCCCCGCCGACCUGCCGCUCUGCCACACCGUGGGCUACAAGCGCAUGCGGCUGCCCAACCUGCUGGAGCACGAGAGCCUGGCCGAGGUGAAGCAGCAGGCGAGCAGCUGGCUGCCGCUGCUGGCCAAGCGCUGCCACUCGGACACGCAGGUCUUCCUCUGCUCGCUCUUCGCGCCCGUCUGCCUCGACCGGCCCAUCUACCCGUGCCGCUCGCUGUGCGAGGCCGUGCGCGCCGGCUGCGCGCCGCUCAUGGAGGCCUACGGCUUCCCCUGGCCCGAGAUGCUGCACUGCCACAAGUUCCCCCUGGACAACGACCUCUGCAUCGCUGUGCAGUUCGGACACCUGCCUGCCACCGCGCCUCCAGUGACCAAGAUCUGUGCCCAGUGUGAAAUGGAGCACAGUGCCGAUGGCCUCAUGGAACAGAUGUGUUCCAGCGACUUCGUGGUUAAGAUGCGCAUCAAGGAGAUCAAGAUAGAGAAUGGGGACCGGAAGCUGAUUGGAGCCCAGAAAAAAAAGAAGCUGCUCAAGCCAGGCCCACUGAAGCGCAAGGACACCAAGAGGCUGGUGCUGCACAUGAAGAAUGGUGCCAGCUGCCCCUGUCCACAGCUGGACAGCCUGGCCGGCAGCUUCCUGGUCAUGGGCCGUAAGGUGGACGGACAGCUGCUGCUGAUGGCCGUCUACCGCUGGGACAAGAAGAAUAAGGAGAUGAAAUUCGCAGUCAAGUUCAUGUUCUCCUACCCCUGCUCCCUCUACUACCCCUUCUUCUAUGGGGCUGCUGAACCCCACUGAAGGACGCUCCUCCCUGCCCCAUCCAGCCAGCUGUGCCUUGCUCUCUGUCCCCACCCCUGGGGCAUUCUCUCUCUUCCUGCCCAUCUGGCCUCACCUCUAUUCCCAGGCUGACCCAGCCCUGACAGAGAGCGGUUCCAUGCAGAGCAGAGCUCUUACCAGCACAGGCCCUAAGGAAUGGGCAUGGAACCCGAGCUGUCCUUGACUGAGGGGUUCUGGAGUCCCUGGGGACUUCUCUUAGGAGCAGAGCUUUCUCAUUUGAAAGCUCAGGGUUUCAGAAAGUAGGUGGUGGGAGGAGAGAGCAAGGGAAGCAUGGAGGGGCUCUGAGCAGCCUCACGAGGUGGCUUCCAGAACAGACCAUGCUGUCAGUUCCACUCUGUUGGUGGGGAGGCCUCGCCUCAGAAAGUCUAUUAGGCUGAGCUACUUGGGGGCCAGUCCCCCACCCCCACUGCUCCCUCGUGUCAUCAUAGCCCCCCCAAAGGAGGGGCAUUAGGGUCGUAGCACCUUCCAGCUACAGUUCCCCCACCUUCCCCAUCUCUUCCCCUCUCCCUUCCAGCUAGACUGGAGAAGCCCAGCCCAGACCCCCUCCCACAGGCUGCUUUUUGGGAUUCAUCCCUCAGCCUCCGCAUGUCCCUUUUACCCUGAUGAUGAGUAAAUUAUUGCUACGCAGCAAGGCCAUAGGUACUAGAUUAGUUGCAGGCAAGGUUUGGUUUUUAAUUUUUUUUUAAGUUUUUAAUUAAAUCAAAGAAAAAUAAAUUGGUUUUGACUAGGUUAUUUCUUUGUCAGCUGGUCCCCAGAGGU